AUGGAGAAAUGGAAUCAGAGCUCAAGUGAUUUCACUUUGUUAGGGUUGUUUCCACAAAACCGGACAGGCCUUCUACUGUUGCUGCUCAUCAUCUUUGUCUUCUCUCUAGCCUUGUUUGGCAACUCAACAAUGAUCCACCUCAUUCGUGUGGAUCCCAGGCUUCACACUCCCAUGUACAUUCUCCUCAGCCAGCUCUCUCUCAUGGACCUGAUGUACAUUUCUACCACUGUCCCCAAGAUGGUAUUUAAUUUCUUCUCUGGCCAGAAAAGCAUUACCUUCCUGGGCUGUGGAGUACAAUCAUUCUUUUUCCUAACUAUGGCAUGUUCUGAGGGUUUGCUCUUGGCUUCCAUGGCUUAUGAUCGUUUUGUUGCCAUCUGCCACCCCCUUCAUUAUCCCACUCGCAUGAGCAAAAUGAUGUGUCUGAAGAUGAUUAUAGGGUCCUGGAUAUUGGGCUCAAUCAACUCUCUAGCACAUACAGUCUAUGCCCUUCACAUUCCUUACUGUCAUUCUAGAUCCAUUAACCAUUUCUUCUGUGAUGUCCCAGCCAUGUUGCCCCUGGCCUGUAUGGACACUUGGGUUUAUGAAUACAUGGUAUUUGUGAGCACAAGCCUGUUUCUCCUGUUUCCUUUCCUUGGCAUCACAGCUUCCUAUGGACGAGUCCUUUUUGCUGUCUUCCAUAUGCGCUCAAAAGAGGGAAAGAAAAAAGCCUUCACCACAUGUUCAACUCACUUAACUGUGGUGACAUUUUACUAUGCACCAUUUGUCUACACUUACCUUAGACCAAGGAGUCUCCGUUCCCCCACAGAAGAUAAGAUUCUGGCUGUCUUCUACACUAUCCUCACCCCUAUGCUCAACCCCAUCAUCUAUAGCCUGAGAAAUAAGGAAGUCCUGGGGGCCAUGACAAGAGUCUUUGGGACAUUAUCUUCCACAAAAACAUAA